AUGUUGAAUAAAGCUCUUCGCACUCAUCAGUACGAUAUACUUUAUCUUCUGCGAGUAUUUAUUCGUCAUCUCCAUGAACAAAUCGCUGCACAACACAAAAAGGAGAGUAUUGAUCAAAAGAAACUCUUUCGCGGACAAGGAAUGGACAAAGCAGAUUUUGAUCGAAUUCGUAUGAAUAAAAAUGGACUUUUAUCUAUCUCGAAUUUUCUUUCUACCAGCGCUGAGCGUGAAGUAGGCCUUCACUUUGCUCGUGAAGCUCUUCAUGAUAGAAAGAAAGUGAGCGUCCUAAUGGAAAUUACAGUCGAUAAGAAUACGAUAGUUCCUGUGGCCAACAUAGCUGAUCUUAGUGCAUAUAAGACGGAACAAGAGUGGCUCUUUUCCAUGGGAUCGGUAUUUCGUAUUGGUUCAGUAGAAUGCUUACCAGAUGGAAUAUGGGUAAUUUCUUUGACAUUAACAGACGAUCAGGACGAGCAACUCAGUGCUUUGAGAGAACAUUUCAAAAAGUCUAUGACAGACAGAAAUACUUGCCUAAAUUUUGCUAAACUAAUGCAUCAAUUAGCAGCAUGGAGAAAAUCUGAAUAUUUCUAUCUGAUGGCGCUCGAAACUGAGACUCAAUGGCAACGUCGGUCAGUCUUAUUCAACAAUCUUGCAAUGGUUAAAGGAGAAUUGGGACAGUAUGGCGAAGCGCUAGCUUAUUACCACAAGUCACUUGAACUUAAGGAAGCAGAAGAAUCUGAUAGUGCAACAGACAAAGCGACAACAUACAACAAUAUUGCAGCUCUUUAUUACAAGGAGAAGAAAAUGGAUCGAGCCAUUGAAUAUUUUCAGAAAGCGAUCAAAGCCUCCAAUGCUCAAGGAAAUAAUGAUGAAGAGUUAGUGGCCACAUUGCAUGCCAAUAUAGCAACGAUUCUCGAUGAUCAAGGCAAAUAUGAGGAAGCUCUAGAAAAAUGCGAAGAAUCACUCAAGAUUCGCUUAAAUUUUUUUUCCAGCGAUUCAUCUAUCUUUAGCAAGUACCUACAGUACUAUUGCUAA